GAGAUCUCUCCACUAUCGAAGCUAUCUUAUCCCCAAAUUCCGCCCCCGUCUAUCCUUCCUUUACUCUAUCCAGCGAAUCAAUGUGGGAGAUGUCCCACUUCGCAACCGAGUGCUUCCGCUUCACCACUGCUUUGCUCCAUACAUAACCCGCUGGUCAUUCUGUCACCCGGACUAGCCCCGUAUCAAAGUUGAGUAGCUGUCUGUUGACAGUGACUGUCCGCAACGCAACAUUCAGCUCGUGUCUGUGAGCUUCUGGCUUGCGAUUCCCGAGUAUUCCCGGGCAUCCUUCCCACCGCAAUCUACACUGGUCAAGGCAUGUUCGCGCUGCCUUCGGCGCUGCUCUCAACUGGAGUAGCAACCGCUGUGGAAGCUUGAAUUGCGAUUUCCAACCCUCGACCCUCUUUCACUCUACAUCUCGCCGUCAUGGAUCUACGAAACCAUGAGGCGCAUAAUGGCAAUGACAGCCCACAGCCUGGCCCGUUUGGUUAUUCCUUCCUUUCACCCAUGGACACCCCAUACGAACCUGCGCCUGCACGACCCCCCGGGCCCGCUCUUCUCGAUGACAACGAGUCCACUAUGCUAGACAAUUUCUUCACCACGAUGAAUUCCAACCAUUUCCCAAACGACUUUUGGAUGGGAGGCCAGACAAAUCGACUACUCGGAACUAGCGGGUUAGAUUGGCCAGGCGAACUUCCCCCCACCUUCGAGGGCUCCACGACAUCUCUUUCACAGCCGAACCUCCCCCAUGGCAGUAUGGACAAGUCUAGCAUGGAGAUGAUGCCACAGAAUAUAAGUACAAGUUCGGAUAUCUUUGCGGCUGCCUCCAUGCUCUAUCAUAACGGACUCAACACAGCCGACUUCAACUCGAGCUUCAACCACCACAAUCUCUCCGCUCCAGACUUGGAUUUCAACAAUCCAAGAACGAAUGGCCACAGCAAGGCUCAAGCGCAUAGCAGUCAUGGCCAGUCAAAGCAGCCGUCUCGUCCCCGCAUGCCCGUGGGUUUCCACACCUCCGAAAUGCUGUUCGAUGUUCGUGAGCCGAUCUCACCUGAACAACAAGUAACGGCCAAGGUACGACCCCUCCAUUGGGGCUCAGAUGUUGGCUUUAUGGGGCAAGGUUAUAUGGCGCCACCUGAUCAACCGAAUGAAGAAGAUCGAACCAAGGAGCUGCUCGGCCACCUGGUAUGCCUUGAACCGCAAAGCAGUGCAACGAACACUCGUGCGCCUAGUCCAGUGAGGCUCUCUGGAGGCUACGACGCCCCGUGGGCGGACGCCGCUGCAGCUGGCCAACUAAGUAAUCUACGACGAGGCUAUCGAGAUAAUGUGGAAGAUCUCGCACAGCCAAAGAAGAAACAAAGGACUUUGGUCAAAGAGGAAGAUGACGAGACUUCGGACGAUGAUACUUCAAGGCAGAAAGCCAAGAAGUCGAAGUCCUCAACUCGCCGGCUGUCGCAGGACACUAUUCAAAAUCGAAGGCUUUCCUCAGGGCCAAAGCCUGCACGAGAGAACCUAACUGAAGAGCAGAAAAGAAGCAAUCACAUUCUCUCAGAGCAGAAGCGACGAAACCUCAUUCGACAAGGGUUCGAAGACUUGUGCAUGCUCGUUCCUGGACUCAAAGGGGGCGGAUUCAGUAAAAGCGCGAUGUUGACCCAGGCCGCCGAUUGGUUAGAGGAGGUGCUCCAAGGGAAUGAUAUCCUCAAAGCGCAGCUCGCAGAGAUGAAGUCAAUGAAUGGCUUGGUAAUGCCACGAUGACACUCGCUUAAGUUAUGUGAUCACGAUAUAUCCUUAUUAAUCUCCAGGAUUUUGUUCAAAAGCAUGGGUUCGUAUUUCAACCUAUUUGUACAUUGGAGCACUUAAGCGGUCUUCCAGCCAUCUUCCAGAUGGAACUGCGGGCGUUCGUCUCUAACGGUCAUGAUUCAAAACAUUUUUUUUUUGCUCUGGCGAGUCUCAUCAAGGGAGGCUCGGCUUGCUCGUCUGUCGCAUGUCGUGCACCAUACCCAUAAUACCCCAUCUGGCCUUUGCUUAUCGCCACAAUUAUAUACGAUUAUAGUCGAUGCAUGUAUAACUAUAUAGCCAAAAUCUCGAAAAACUUAAC